GGAUGGGCUUAUUUGUCUUUUAUACUUAAAAAAAUGGAGAAGAGACAAGUUUGUAGAGAGGGAUAAAGAUAGAAGAAUCAGAAAGAUAACUUUCAAAAAGUGAGUAAAGGACUCAACUCAACCAUGGCUCCAUGGGCAAGGACCACCACAGAGCGGUUUGGAGUGGUAAAGUGGAAUUUUGUUGGCAAAGGAGAGAAGCAACUUUCUCUGGAAGUAGGAGAUACUGUCUACAUCCAGGAGGUCUGUGAUGGCUGGUAUAAAGGUUACUUGGCAAGAAGCAAAAGCCAGCUGGGAGUGUUCCCUGUCAGUUUUAUCCAUAUUAAGGAAGUCAUCAUUGAGCAGCGUGGGGAUGAAGAAGUGGUGAUGUCUGCAGAGAUGCCCUUGGUGAAGGAGGUGACCACCACACUGAGAGAGUGGGGGACCAUAUGGAAACAGCUAUUUGUGGCCAACAAGCAGGUGCUUGUGAAGCAGGUCCAGAGGCUGAUGUGGGAGCUGAUGGAGUGGCGCUCUCAGCUCCUGUCUGGCACCCUGCCUAGUGACGAAUUCAAAGAGCUAAAGCAGAAAGUUACUUCCAAGAUUGAUUACGGCAACAAGAUCCUAGAGCUGGAUCUCGUUGUUCGAGAUGAAGAUGGGAACAUCUUGGACCCAGAGCGAGCAAAUGUCAUCAGCCUCUUUAGGGCGCACGAGGAGGCCACAACUAAGAUCAGUGAACGUAUCAAAGAAGAGCAGUCCAACAUCCAGACAGACCACAGUGGCAUCUCAGCACGGAUCCAGUCCUCCCCCACACACAGCCUCUACGUCUUUGUCAGGAACUUUGUGUGCCGCAUUGGAGAAGACUCGGAGCUCUUCAUGUCCCUGUAUGACCCCAUCAAACAGAGCAUCAUCAGUGAGAACUACUUGAUUCGUUGGGGCAGCAGCGGCUUCCCGAAAGAGAUUGACAUGCUGAACAACCUGAAGGUUGUCUUUACGGACCUGGGGAACAAAGACCUGAGCAGAGAGAAGAUUUAUCUGAUCUGCCAGAUAGUGAGAGUGGGCAGGAUGGACUUGAAAGAAGCAAACAACAAGAGGUGCACUCUGGGGCUCAGGCGGCCUUUUGGGGUGGCAGUGAUGGACAUAAGUGACAUCAUCAAAGGGAAGAUUGAAUGUGAUGAGGAGAAGCAGUUUUUCAUCCCCUUCUUCCCGGUUGUUGCUGAGAAUGAUUUUCUCCACACCCUGCUGAACAAAGUAACAGCUUCACGAGGAGACAGCGGCGGCCAAGGUCUGUGGGUCACCAUGAAGGCCUUGGUGGGCGACAUAGUUCAGAUCAGAAAGGAGUACCCUCACCUGGUGGACCGCAGCACGGUGGUUGCCAGAAAGCUGGGCUUUCCAGAGAUAAUCAUGCCCGGAGAUGUCCGUAACGACAUAUACCUGACCUUACAGGGCGGUGACUUCGACAAAUACAACAAGACAGCACAGAAAAAUGUGGAGGUUGUCAUGUGGGUCUGUGAUGAGGAGGGCAAAGUCAUACAGAACGCCAUCUGUCUGGGAGCUGGGGAUAAGGCGGUCAGUGAAUAUAGGUCCGUCAUUUAUUACCAAAUCAAACAGCCCCGCUGGAUGGAAACAUUUAAGGUGGCAGUCCCUCUAGAAGAAAUGCACAAAAUUCAUUUACGCUUCAUGUUCAGACAUCGCUCUUCCCAGGAGUCCAAGGACAAGAGCGAGAAGAACUCUGCAAUGGCAUUUGUUCGUCUGAUGAAGGAGGAUGGGACUGUGCUUCAGGAUGGACUACAUGACCUUGUGGUCUUCAAGGGUGACAGCAAGCGCAUGGAAGAUGUGAACGCCUACUUGUCCCUGCCGUCCACCCGCUACCACCAUGGGGACCCCAACAAAGGGACGGGGUUGUCCCGCACCUCCAGCAGCGUGUCUGGGAGUGGAGGAGGCCUGUCGGUCAGCUCCAGAGACAGCUUCACCAUCUCCACCCUGGUGUGCUCCACUAAACUCACCCAGAAUGUGGGUCUGUUGGGGCUGCUCAAAUGGAGGACUCGGCCUGAACUCCUUAGAGAAAACCUGGAGAAACUCAAAAUGAUUGAUGGAGAAGAGGUGGUUAAGUUUCUGCAGGACACACUUGAUGCCCUGUUCAACAUCAUGAUGGAACACUCUCAGACUGAUGACUACGACAUCCUCGUGUUUGAUGCCUUGAUAUAUAUCAUCGGGCUGAUCGCUGACAGAAAGUUUCAGCACUUCAACACAGUUCUGGAGGCUUACAUCAAGCAGCAUUUCAGCGCUACACUGGCCUACAAGAAGCUGAUGUCGGUGUUGAAAAGGUACCUCGACGUGUCCAGCCGAGGAGAGCAAUGUGAACCCAUCCUCCGAACUUUGAAAGCCCUCGAGUACAUCUUCAAGUUCAUUGUUCGUUCACGCAUGCUAUACUCCCAGCUUUAUGAGGGGAAAGAGCAGGCUGAUUUCGAGGAGUCGCUAAGGAGACUUUUUGAGUCUAUCAACAGCUUGAUGAGAACGGACUACACCACCACGCUUUUGCUCAGGGUAGCUGCACUGAAAUACCUGCCGACAGUCCUGCAUGAUGUUGAGAAAGUGUUUGAUGCCAAACUCCUCAGUGAGUUGCUGCAUGACUUCUAUUCCUGCAUCCCACCUGAGAAGCUCCAGAAACAGAAGGUGGCUUCCAUGACUGAAAUUGUCAGCAGCAAACUUUUUCAGAGGAGAGAGUGCCGCGAUGUCUUGUUACCAAUGAUGCUGCGGGAGUUAGGCGGGGCAUUGGCCAGCAUGGCCGACGGACUUCAUGAUGACAGGAGAAAUAGUUUGGAGCUGCUCAACAACAUACUGGAGGUCCUCAGCAGAAAUAACGUGGGAGAAACAUUUCAGCAUAUCCAGGACAUUGUGGCAUCCCUGCUCAGGAUCAUCAACCAGACAGUGAUCACGAUGGGCCGCGAGCAUGCCCUGAUUUCAAGAGUUGUCGCCUGCAUGACAGCUAUCCUCAGUCAGAUGGAUGAUCGUCAUUAUACUACGUACCUGGAAACCUUCACUGGAACUUCUGAUCUUGUGGACUUCCUGAUGGAGUCUUUUCUACUUUUCAAGGACCUGAUUGGGAAACAUGUGUAUCCCUCUGACUGGAUGGCCAUGAUCAUGGUACAGAACAGAAUAUUCCUGAGAGCCAUCAAUACCUAUGCUGUCACUAUGAACCAAAAGUUCCUCAGUAACGAUGACUUUGAAGUUCAGCUGUGGAACAACUACUUCCACUUGGCGGUUGCAUUUAUUACACAGGAGUCUCUUCAGCUCCAGCAUUUCUCACCAACGAAGAGGAACAAGAUUCUGGUCAAGUAUGGGGAUAUGAGAAGGCUCAUUGGCUUUGCUAUACGUGACAUCUGGUACAAACUAGGCAGUCACAAGAUCUGUUUUAUCCCUGGAAUGGUGGGUCCCAUCUUGGAGAUGACUUUGGUCCCUGAUGAGGAGUUGAGAAGAGCCACAAUCCCCAUCUUCUUUGACAUGAUCAUCUGCGAAUAUGCACAGUAUACAAACUUCCUUAAGUUUGAGAAUGAGAUCAUUCUGAAGUUGGACCACGAGGUGGAAGGUGGAGGAGGAGACGAACAAUACAUGCAACUGCUAGAGACCAUCUUGCUAGACUGUGCUGCCGAGAAACCUUCGUUGAAACCUCAAGUGCAGCACUUUGUCACCUUGGUGAAGGGUCUCCUCAUUCGUCUCCUUGACUACCGCGCCGUGAUGGGUGAUGACAGCCGCAACAACCGCAUGAGCUGCACUGUCAACCUUCUGAACUUUUACAAGGACAUCAAUCGUGAAGGGAUGUACAUCAGGUACCUGUACAAACUGAGAGACCUUCACAUAGAUGGUGAAAACUACACGGAGGCAGCGUACACCCUGCUGCUUCAUUCCCGUCUGCUCAAGUGGUCGGACGACAUGUGCAGCCCCCAGUUCGAGUUUGACGGCUCCCAAACACAACGGCAGCUCAAAGAAAUGCUCUACGACACCAUCAUUGACUACUUUGACAAGGGCAAGAUGUGGGAAGAGGCCAUCACUCUGUGCAAAGAACUAGCAGAUCAGUAUGAAAAUGAGAUCUUUGACUACGAGCUACUCAGCAAGAGACUGGAAAAACAGGCCAAGUUCUAUGAGAAUAUUAUGAAGAUCUUGAGGCCUAAACCCGACUAUUUUGCAGUGGGCUACUAUGGACAAGGUUACCCUCCAUUCCUUAAGAACAAAGUCUUUAUCCAUCGAGGUAAAGAGUACGAGCGCAGAGAGGAUUUCCAGAACCAGCUGAUGAGCCAGUUUCCCAGUUCUGUGCGCCUCAACACCACCACCAUGCCAGGAGACGACAUCAAGAACUCUCCACUGCAGUACAUCCAGUGUUUCACAGUGCAGCCAGUCCUUGAGAUCCCUCCCCGCUUGAAGAACAAGCCCGUCCCUGACCAGAUCAUCAACUUCUACAAGUCCAACUAUGUGCAGCGUUUUCACUACUCCAGACCUGUGAGGAAAGGACCUGUGGACCCAGAAAAUGAGUUUGCUUCCAUGUGGAUUGAACGUACAACCUUCACCACUGUGUACAAACUACCAGGGAUCCUGCGCUGGUUUGAGGCCACUGACAUGAAACAUACCACCUUGUCUCCUCUGGAGAAUGCUAUAGAGACCAUGGAGUCCACCAACGAGAAGAUUCUGACCAUGAUUAACCAGUACCAGUCUGACAUGAGCCUUCCCAUCAACCCCCUCUCCAUGCUGCUCAAUGGCAUCGUGGACCCAGCCGUCAUGGGGGGCUUUGCCAAGUAUGAAAAGGCAUUCUUUACUGAGGAGUACGCCCUGCAGCAUCCAGAGGACAGAGAUAAACUGCUGCGGCUCAAAGACCUCAUCGCAUGGCAGAUCCCACUGCUGGGUGGAGGGAUCGCCCUCCAUGGCAAGAGAGUGAUGGAUGACCUCCGGCCUUUCCAUGACCGCAUGGAGGAAUGUUUCAAACAGCUGAAGAAAAAGGUGGAGAAAGAGUAUGGAGUGAGAGAGUUGCCGGAUCUGGAUGACAGAAAGUCCACCCGUCCUUGCUCCAUGCUGCGCUCCUUUCGUCGCUCUGUCAUCUCAAUUUCGUCUCUGCAGGGAUCUGAGUGUGGAACUCCUACCAAGUCCCAUGCAGACAGAGAUAACCCUCCCGAGUCACCGGGCUUCUGGAGCUCCACCCUGCCACGCUCCAGCGGCAGCGUGAGCACAGUGGAAGAGGGAAUGAUGAUUGUGGGCGACGCAGAGGUCAAAAUGAGGAAGAGCAAGAAGAAGAAGAAAAGGAGCAGCAUGAUCUUCAUCAGCGAGGAGAGGGAAAGAACAAGCACUCUGGACUGCAAACGGCUGUCCAAGAAACAGGAGUUCAGGAGUGACACCAACCUGUCUGAGCCCAAUGCAGAAGAUAUGAAGCUGACCAGUGCCAACUCCAGAUCCCUGCCUGCCAUCACAGGGCUGUCCUUGGCCGUGGCUGCUGGGGGAGAGGAGGGGGACUCAACCAGAGGCGCAAGGGACAGUAAGGCCGUGUCUGUCUGUGUGACCUCGGACCGGACAGCAGACAGACGCUCAAGGGGUGUCAUUAACCUGCUUUUUAAGUCCAAGAGUUCCAAAUCGGAGGAUGUGAAACCCAGUGAUUCAGCCAAAGACAGUAGAGACCAUUUCUGAAAUCUCUAAACUCCUCACUUUCUUUACUGAUAUCUAUGCAUUUUUUUUAAGGAUUUUGUAUUUCACUUGAAGAUUUAAACCAUACCAUCCAAAACAGUUCACAUGCAUUUACUCAUUCAUUCUUCCUCCCAGUGUUGCUGUUGCUUCAGUAUAACUGAUCAAUAAAAGCUAUUUUU